GCUCCCCCUCAUCAUCACCGUUUCCAACAUUACCUUAAAUCUAUAUCAUAAAUCAUAAAUCCAAUAAUAAUUCCCAUAAUUUUUCACAGGCCCCAUCUCACAAAUAAAAUAACUCCUUUUCUCUCUCUAGGAAAACUCACACAACCCCUUUCCACUGAUUUCUUUUGAGUGAGAAAAAAGGAAGCCCCUUGUGCCACUACAAGUCCUACUGCAAUUUUUUACUGCUUUGUCAAAACACAGUCUUCAAAACCAUUGAGAGAAGAGAGAAGAGAGAAGAGAGAAGAGAGAAGAGAGGAGAGAGAACCCAAACGGCACAUAAUCUCUCUAAUCACUCUCAUGGAUACUUAUGAAGCUACUAAAGUAGUGAUGUCAAGGAUCCAAGCCCUGGAUCCGGAUAAUGCUUCCAAAAUCAUGGGCUUUGUCCUGCUCCAAGACCUCGGCGAGAAGGAGAUGAUUAGGCUAGCGUUCGGGCCCGAAGCCCUCUUGCAAUCCCACAUCAGCCGGGCCAAGGCCUGUUUGGGGAUCCAUCCCUCAAACCCUUCCGCCCCCAACAGCCCCUUUCCCCGGACCUCGCCCAGGGUCGUCAUACCCACCGCCGGCGACGGCGGCGGUAGCAACCCAUCCUCGCCCGCCGCCGCCGCCGCUGCCUUCCAGAGAGCAAGCCCGAGGCCGUUCUCCUACGCCGCCGCGCUCAAUAGUGCCGCUAAUAAUGGCAUUAGUAGCGGCAGUAGUAGCAGCGGUAGCGGCGGUUUGGGCUACGAAUACGGCAAUCGAUUUCCGUUUAUGGACGAUUCGGUGGUGGAUCCGGUUAUGAGCCCCAGCGGGAGGAGCGAUUCGCUGCUUUUCCACUGCGGUGAGGACGCUGGCGGCGCCCAAACCCCGCACCAGUUUCACAGGCGGAGCUGCUCGGUAAACGACGCCGCGUUUCUGGGUAAUCUCGAGGAAGGGGGCGGCGGCGCCGGCAAUGGCUGGAGGCCCUGCAUGUAUUUCGCUCGGGGGUUCUGCAAAAAUGGCGGUUUGUGUAAAUUCUCGCACGGCGAAUUUGGGGAAGGGAUUGAGGUGGGGUCGCCGAGCAAGGGUGUCUCAGGUUUUGACGAGAUUUUGAGGAUAAAAGCUCUCCAGCAGCAGAGGCUCGCCGCCGUGGCCUCCGCCGGAGGGAACCAUCCUUUUGGCUACAGCAAGUGCAUGGACUUGCUGAAUGAGAGUCCGAGAUUUGACAGAAGUGAAUUUUCCCAAAUGUUAGCUGGUGGUUUGAACUCGAGCUCCCGGCAAAUUUACUUGACAUUUCCAGCUGAAAGCACAUUCAAGGAAGAAGAUGUCUCUAGUUACUUCAAUAUGUUUGGACCAGUGCAAGAUGUUAGGAUUCCAUAUCAGCAAAAAAGAAUGUUUGGUUUUGUGACAUUUGUAUACGCGGAGACUGUUAAGCUCAUUUUGGCCAAAGGCAAUCCACAUUUUGUGUGUGAUUCUCGUGUUCUCGUCAAACCCUACAAGGAGAAAGGAAAAAUUCCAGACAAGAAGCACCAACAACACUUGGAGAGAGGAGAUUAUUCGGCUUGCUUAAGCCCUUCUGCACUUGAUUCUAGAGAUCACAUGGAUCUCCCAUUUGGAUCAAGAAUGGUAUUCAACUCACAAGAAGUGUUGCUGAGGAGGAAAUUGGAGCAGGAGGCCGAAUUACACAAUGCCAUUGAACGCCAAAGUCGGAGGAUAAUGAGUUUACAACUUAUGGACUUGAAAAAUCAGCACAAUAAUCACCACUUUCUCCCAGGCCUUCAGGCUUCUGGCAUCUCAAUCUCCUCCCCUAGACAGGCCAAGCUAUUAAUGAUUCAGAACUUUAAUCUUUCUUCUGAUGAUUCUAAUCUAGAAAAUUCUGAAGAUCUUGAUGGUGGCCGGGAAGCAGUUAAAUCUCCUCCAAUUGCUACCGAUCAGAAGCUGUUGCUUGAAGGAGUUGAUUCUAAUAAGCAGCAGGGUUCGAAUAAUGCUGACUCUGUUCUCCCUGAAAGCUUGGAGCUUGUUCUUCCGGAUAAUCUUUUUGCUUCGCCUACAAAAUUAGCUGCUGAGCAUAAGUCUGUUUUCUCCCAAGCUUCGGCUUCUUCUACGGAUGAUAACAUACCUGUAACAAUAUCAGCCUCUAACAAUAUAGCUUCUCUCAAAUCAUGUUAUCUUCAAAUGCCAAGUAAACUUGGAUAUUUAGCUGACAUCUGGGUUUGUCUUCUGGGCAAGAAGCCAAUAAAAUGUCCACACAGUCACAUGGGUUACUGA